GUUUCUCUUUUGCUCUUCUGACACAAUGACCAUAGUGACGCGUUCAUUAUCAUUAUCAUCACUUGAGGCAAGACGCAAAAAGAUAAGCAAACUUCUAGACGAACUACUGCAUGACAUCCUCUUGAGAUUGUCCACUAAAGAAGCGGUGAGGACAAGUCUUGUAUCGCCACGAUGGGGUGGAUUUGUGGAGAUGGAGGCCUCAUCUCAUCUUGGAUAUGAGAACUGUCUUAAA